AUGUCCUACCUCCGUGGGCUUCCAGCCCCUAGCGAGUUCUUUCCGCCCACGCCUCGUGCACACGCAUUGAUUGCAAAGGUCGUCUGGAGCUGGAUCCCGAUCUCACUGAUACAAUGGACGCCAUUGAUGAAGCUCCAGCAAAUGGGCAAGACGUCGGGUUCAGCCUCCUACCAUCUCCCAGGACGCUUAGCAUGGAUCACAGCCGAGAUCAUUGCUCCGAUCAACUUCUUAUACAUUAUUUACACACUACCCGCCAAACUGAAGCCCACACCAAGCGCAGCCUCAAGCAUUUUCGGGACAGGCCUGCCGAUCCAGCAUGAGUUGCUGGCCUUUCUCUACGUGGCUCACUACAUCAACCGAGCUGUAGUUGCACCGCUUUCAGCGCCCAGCGUCAGUCCGAUCGCGAUCUGGGUGUGGGCAAUGAUGGUCUACUUCCAGCUCCCACAUUCGGCCAAUUUGGCCUCCUGGAUCGUGUACUCGACUACGGAUGCCACCGUCCGGGAUCGGUCUACUCCAUUCUUCACUCCACUCGCAUUGUUGGGCCUGGCUCUCUGGAUCUACGGCUUUCGCGGCAACGUUGUCUCAGAGUAUAAGCUGUACGACCUGCGUCGGGCAGCGGCGAAGCGGAAGGCAAAGUCUGAGGGCAAGGCAGUAGUUACCUACGAGAAGGUCUACGUGAUUCCGCCGGCAGAGGGGACUUUCAAGCACAUUCUCUACCCGCAUUAUGUAUUGGAAUGGGUCGAGUGGAUCGGUUACUGGAUGAUGGGCGGUGCCUGGGGCCUGGGAUGGGGUUUGAGCACAGCUUCGGUGUGGUUCAUCAUUUCCGAAGUAACGACGAUGCUGCCCAGGGCCGUCGACGGCAAGAAGUGGUAUGAGACAAAGUUCGGCAAGAGAGCUGUAGGCGGUAGGGCUGCUGCAAUACCGGCGCUUGGUUUGUAG